AUGUCUCUGCUCAUCGCUCUUCUGCUGGCUGAUGGAGACGUAAAACGGGCUGCGGAUGGGGUUGAAAUUGGGUCUAGUCAGGGCUGGCUGGCUGUGUCAACGAUCUGCGCUGCAAUGGGGACGAACGCGCAGGCCGAGCCCCCUUUGUGGACAGAGUCGACCGAGGAAAGCGAAAGUGGCAACGGCAAAGCAAAGGCAGGCUGGGCGGUGCAGAAGGAGGCUCAGACAGAGGGCGGCGAGACAGGUGGCCAAUAG